AUGUCACCUACAACUCCAUGUUCUAAAGCGAUACCGUCACCAACUGGGAGGUGUGCUGCAGCACAAAUAGGUUCACAAGAUAAAGAAACAAUUGAUAUUGAGGACGAUGACACCAUCGAGCCUGCUAGAUCCGAUGCUAGGUCCGAGAAGCGAUUGAAUUGGUCAAAUGAAGAAGACAUUAGAUUGGCUAGUGCUUGGCUGCACAAUUCAAUUGACCCGAUCAAUGGAAAUGAUAAGAAGUCAUAUCAAUAUUGGUUAGAUGUUACUGCUACAUACAACAGUACCACUAAGAGUAACCGUAUGAGAAAUCGUAACCAGUUGAAGCAACGUUGGGAGCGCAUUAAGAAACCAGUCUCCGAAUUCAAUGGUUGCUAUGCAAGAAUCACUAAAAUACAUCAAAGUGGUAUGAGUGAAGACCAAAAGAUGGACCAAGCAUUCCAGCUAUAUGCCUCUGAACAUAAUGACAAGCCUUUCACAAUGGUGCAUGUAUGGAGGAUAUUACGGCAUGAGAAAAAGUGGUCUACAUAUUUGAAGAAAAUUAACAAGGAAAAGUACAAGAGUAUAACUUCUAACCCAACUCAUGUUGUGAAUGUCGAAGAUGCUCCAAAACUGCGUCCUAUUAGGCAUAAGAAGGCCAAAGAUGAACGCAGCGGAAAACGUCUGGCAUCAGAGGCUAUUUCUGUUAUUGACCAGAAACUAGAUAAAUUCAUUGAAGCAAGCAGCAAGGCUGAGAAGAUAGGAGAGGUACAACAAAGUUUGGCAAAUAAGAAGCUAGAAGUAGCCAACCUUAAUCAUAAAGCAGCUCAGGAACAAACAAAGAGUAAAAUGAUUGACCUUUACAAAGACUUACUGCUAGCUCCCACAAGUGAUCUUAGAGAAAGUUCAAUACUAUAG